AUGUCUCGUGGACUACGUCGGCAAAACGGCUGCUGUACAACGCGAAUCAGCCAGCGUCUUCCGUUCAGGCGUGCGGAUGGUGCCUUUUGGGAGGUAAGGCCAACUGGAAUGCAACGUCAUUGUGGACGACCUUCAACACUGUCCCUCCUGCCUCAACUCACGCGGCUUCGGCUGUUUCUCAUCCCCACUCGCGCCGGGAGUCGAGCCCCAGCGCAGUGCUACACUGCCACUAUCGCCGAUGCGUCAGCGUCACGGCGAGCCAGGCCUUUUGCUGUUUCACAUUUUAACGGCGGGCUUACCGUCGAGACUAGCUUGAACAUGCUACUUACAUUCACAGCGGACUUUCUGCUCGCAACGCGAUUGGUCAACCUCUUUAGGCGGCCGACGGACCAGUUGCACAGUCUGUCCGACUGCGGCCAAUGUCAAGGCCGUGCACGCGAGCAGAUUCAAAUGCGCAAAAGGCUGGCGGCAACUUCAGCUCACAGGCCCUAUUAUCGAGGCGCCUCUCCCUAA